AAUCACAGGUACACAAAACAACUAGAUUCUCCACACAUACAUAGUAAAAUAUUUGUAUCGAGUAGUCGAUCACAGUUAUGACAGAACACGUUAUACCUGAUUAUAUAGCUGGAGCAAUUGGAGGAGCUUCCGGGCUUGUACUUGGACAUCCAUUUGACACAACAAAGGUACAAUUACAGACGCAACAUCAUGGCAGUCAAUACAAAGGACUUGUGGAUGCUGUAAAAAAUAUAAGUCAUCAAAGUUUGAAUAAAGGAUUUUUCCGUGGAAUGUCUUAUCCUUUAUUUUCCUAUGGUAUAGUGAAUUCCAUAUUUUUUGGUGUUUAUGGUAAUUCCCUAAAGUGGUUAGACAGACAUGAAUCUAACAAGAAAUCGUCUUACCUCAACAUAUACUUGGCUGGUUGUAUAGGUGGUGCAGCACAACUUGUAGCUCUCGUUCCUGUAGAUUUAGUUAAAGUUGUAUUGCAAUCCCAGAUCCCUCACGACACAUCAGGUAUGUAG